AUGUCUGUGAUGGAUGGGAAAAUCGUUUCACCUCAAACACUAAAAACAAUAGAAUGUGAUGAACAAAAUGAAUUUUUCACAUCAGUUGAUGGAAUUUUGUAUUCAAAAAAUAAGAAAAUAUUGAUAUGUUUCCCAGGAAAUCAUUCAAAAUCAUUUACAACUCCUGAUUUUAUUGAGAAAAUAGGAAGUUAUUCUUUUGGAUACUCUUUAAUUGAAUCAAUUAUUUUCACUCCAAAUGUAAAAACACUCGAUACAUGUUCAUUUGCUUAUUCACAUUUAAAAUCAGUGAAUAUUCCAAACACUCUUCAGUUUAUAAGAUCUUGCGAGUUUAUUGAGUGUAAAUUUCUUACUGAAAUCGUUUUGGGAAAUGAUGUGAGAACAAUAACACCAGGAUGUUUUUAUGGAACAAAUAUAUCAAGUAUAAUAUUCCCAGAAGGGUUGUUAACAAUAGGCCAUACAGCUUUUGCAUAUUGUAAUAAUCUCAAAGCUGUAACAAUUCCGAGAUCAGUGAAUUCUCUUGGAGGCCAAUGUUUCCCUCCUCAGACUGUUAUCACAUUCGCAGAUGGAUCUCCUUUUUUCCAAGAUGAUCAAGGACUGAUAUAUAAUUCACGAACCACACUUAUUUUAUAUAUUAUUGAAAGUGAUUCAUACACAAUUCCAUCAUUCGUUGAAACAAUUCACAAUAAUGUUUUCAGUGGUAACAACAUAUUAAAAACAAUUAUUUUUGAAGCAGAACCAAAAAUUAAAGAAAUAAAAGAUUAUGCAUUUAGAGAUUGCAAAAAUCUUUCAAAUAUAAUCCUUCCAGUUUCUAUUUCAAAUAUUGGAAUAUUUGCAUUUUCUGGUUGCGAUUCUCUUAAAACAAUUAAAUUCGGAAAAAAAUUACAAAGAAUUAAUAAAAAUGCAUUUUUAGAUUGCUUUCAUCUUGAAACUAUUGAAUUUUCAGAAUGCGAAAGUGUAUCAAUUAAUGAAUUUGCAUUUGCUAACUGUAAUAAUCUCAAAAAUAUUAUUUUUUCAAAUAAUAUAACAACGAUUCAGAGUUCAUGUUUCUUGAAUUGUUUUUCGUUGAGAGAAAUUGUUUUCCCAUCAUCGUUAGAGAAUAUUGAUACAUAUGCAUUCAGUAACACAGGAAUCACGAACAUCACAUUCCCAAUUGACUCUAAACUUACAUCUAUUGGUAUGGGCUGUUUCAGCAAAUGUUAUAAUCUUUCACACAUCACACUUCCUCCAAAUGUCAAAGAGAUCGGCUCCAACUGCUUCGAGAACACGAACAUCACAACUUUCACAGUUCCAAAUCGCACAGAGUACAUGUCAGACUACGUCUUCAAAGGAUGCAAAAAUCUCGUCAAGUUCACAAUCCCACAAGACUGCUCUCUUCGAAACAUCGGCAACUUGUUCUUCGACGGAUGUUCAUCUCUUUCUGUCAUCGAAUGUCCACGAAGUGAAUACUUCUCAGUCGAUGUCGGUGCUCUUUACAACAAGUCGGAGACAGUCCUCUUCUGCUUCCCUCCAGCGUCAUAUAUCAAGUUCUUCAACCUCCCACAGACACUCCGAACUAUAUCAUCAGGCGCAUUCAUCGGAUGCAGAAAUCUGAUCAGCAUCUCUAUCCCAGACGACUCCGUUCGUACCAUCAAACAAUAUGCAUUCGCGAACUGCUCUUCACUGACAUCGAUCAACAUCCCUAAGUGCGUCGAAAACGUCGAGAGUUCUAUCUUCUUCGGAUGUGAUCAUCUUCGAUGUGGUGUCAUCAUCGAGAACAGGUCAAUCUCAUUCAUUCGAAAAAUCAUAUCAGAAUGUCUUCUUAACCCUAAAGCUAUAUACUCAUGUGACUUCCUUACAUGUCAAUGCAGAAUCAUCAACGCCGAAAUCACAAAAUCACUUCUCUAUGCAUUCACUAUUAUUCUAUACAUUGGAAUGUUAUAA